UUAUCUUCAGGCAACUAGUAAAUCGACCCGUUGAGCACAUGGACUAUAAAUGUCCAUGUCAAUCUUCUGUAUACCACCUAGCAGUCUUCCAAUAGUAUUGAAGCACCGGAAUAAUGAUUUUGUUGAUCUAGAAUUUGCAUAUGCAUUUGCCUGGUGUACUGGAUGAUAUUGCCUGGAGGUUGUUAUGCACUUUAGGGUUAUUUCUGGUAACAUUAUUUUUUAAAGCUGGCACAUACAUCAUAUCGCAUGAAUGGAGUAAUUUAAAGGGAUACUUCGACUUACGUUCACGGGAAUCCAGGUCAAUACCCGGGCUAGUCCUCGACAUCAAGUGUACGAUUCCAUGGAUCUACAACAUAUAUCGCAAUUCAAAAGUGGAACUUUAUUUAAGUCAACAUUACAACAAUGCAGUUUCUUAUUAUCCAGCACUAUUCAAGGCAAAAUGCCUAAUUGCUAUUCGGUACAUUGUGUGGUUACUAUUACUAACGCAAUGGAUUACCACUGGAUCCAAUGCAAUGUCUAUCCAGGCAGGUGGUACUAAGCUCGUUACUGGUAUGAAUCCCUUAAGGACUGAUCGCACAUUCCACGAAGAUGAUCAUUGUAAGGGUACUGUCAAUAUCAACCAAGGUAUCUCCAGUGGCUCACAUUGCCGAAACAAGAGAUUUCUUCCAUCCUUUCUAUCGUGUAAUACAUCUCCCGGCUUUUUUGGGUCUCUAGGAACUAAUGUGGAUCAUAUUAACUCCACACUCCACAAGGAUGCAUUGGAGCCACUAUACUCAUUAAGGGACCCUAGUUCCCAGGAGUACACUGGCGAUGAUCUGUACAACACAACGGAAGUUGGCACUAACCUUAGCGAGACUACCCACAGCAUAGGUAUACCGCAAUCCAAAUUGAAACCCAAACCAAUUCCGUUCAAUGUUGAUGCACCUUUAGAGAAUCAGCCGUUACCUCCCUGGGCUUAUGAGUUUGUCACUGGAGUGGCUGACCCCAAAGAGGAGUAUGUGCCACGACAUUACACCGAGCAGGAGAUACAAGAGCACUUUAGGAAAGUGAAUGAGGAAACCCGAAAGCGUGCGGUGACAACGAGACUCGAUGAAACCACGGGUGAACCGCCAAAAAGCUAUGGGUUCAAAUUUAAGCAAAUCCAGCCAUUACGGCAUCACAAUGGCAAGUCGUUUACUUUCUAUUACGUCCACUCAUUGCACACCAACGUGAUACCUGUUUUGCUAAACAGUUUACGCAGGGUAGCUAAACGUCAUCUUGGUGCUGGUAGGAUAACCGCGCUUAGGAUCCCAGGCAUGAAGAAUGAAUUCUACUCCAUAGUGGGCCUCCGGGAAGAUUUCUUCGACCUGUCGAGAAAUCUGACUAAAGUCAUUUUCAGAAACGUGCCUAUGACGGCAACAUUCCACAGGCCACUGAUUGGCCGAUUAAGGUUAAAGGGUCCUAUUAUUGCGGUAGCUGGCCACAUAGAGCUGGACCAGACAUUCCAGAAGGAAGGUGUUGGCUCAAGCUCCGGGUCCAAGGAUGACCGGCGGAUUGAAAUAGUUAAUAAAAACCAGUACAUAUGCGCUCUCUCUAGGGACGCAUACCUUGAUAUGGAAGUUAAGAUAGAGUACAUCGCCAACUACGUCAUGCCGGAGAAGGGCCCGGAGUCCUUGAAUAGGGACAUUACUCCAGAUGGAUUCAUCCACUUCAGCUCUAGCUGUACUCCUAUAGAAGUAUUCGCUUUUGACGGCGAUCGUCGCGGUAUUGACGAGGAGAGUACAAGCGAGAUUGUAACCCUGGAGCUGCAUACAGACGGUUCUACAACCCCAAGGUUGGCCCUGUUGAACUGUGCCACGUUCAUAGAAACGUGGUUUGAGCGUACUUAUAAGGCAUUUAGGCGCGACUGCACAAGGGACUUGGACGCACUGCAUGAGGAGAUGGCGUCGGUCAGUACUGCCGAGCGCCUCAGUCCGGAGUUGUAUAGGAACUCACCCUACAACCCUUAUAGGAAGCCUGAGGAUAAAAUGCCUGCUAAGUACAGUUGGUUCUACAGGCAUGAUGUCAAGCGUCAGUAUCCAAUAGAUCCUGAUUCUAGGUUAGCUAAACGUGAGCAGCUGGAGGAGUGGAACCGUCAUGUAGAUGAUGAAAUCGCUAAAAUGGAGAAUACGUUACCAUAUCAACCUGAUGACAGAACUGUUAAGCCAGACAGGUAUCUCUCAUUUGAGGAAACUGCUGAGAAAGCUGGCUUCAACAGUCCCAUGUGGAUAUUCCAUGAUCCCUUGGGUAAGGGCAUGUUGAGUAACAGUCCAGUAUUUGAAUUCGAUAAGGAGGAUGACCCAAUGUCAUUCCCAAUUGAAUCGUAACAUACAUACUAGGUAUAAAAUUGAUAACAAUGUAACUCAACAUUAAUCACACAGCGUUCAUUUGCGUAAGCUUUAUCAAGCCACCUUCUAGGUGUGAUGGCAUGUACUUUUGGUUGUGUGCGUAGUCAGCGGCAACGAAU